UAGCGAUAUUUUAACGGUUGCAAAUGCUAACGUUACAAUAAAAGGUGGUAUUAUGCUUGAAAAGAGAAAUAAUCCCAAUGUUAAAAUAAAGUCCGAGCGUACUAGUCUAAAACACCUCGAUCGUAUCGAUCAAAAAAAUUUUCCACUAGACGGAAAAUAUUCAUUCCCCGCUAGCUCUGGUAAAGGAGUGAAUGUUUUCAUAAUUGAUACCGGAAUUAAUGUUAAACAUGUAGAUUUCGAAGGAAGAGCUAAAUUCGAAGCUGUUUUUUGCGAUGGAUGUCCAUUAAAAGAUGAUCACGGUCAUGGUACAAUGGUUGCCGGUAUUAUUGGCGGUCGUAAAUUUGGUGUCGCAAAAAAAACAACUUUAAUUGGUGUCAAGGCAUUCGAUGCUACAGGUUCUGGCACAUUGAUAGACUUUCUUAACGCACUUUGUUAUGUAAUUCAUCAACAUAUGAAGUCCGAGAAUAAGAAAUCGGUGAUCAACAUGUCCUUUGGUUUUGACAAAAUUAUAGAAGCCGUUAAUAUGUUGGUUGAAAAAGCCAUUAGUCUUGGUAUAAACGUAGUUGUGGCUGGUGGAAAUGAAGCUGAAGAUUCUUGUACUAAAUCUCCGGCCUUGGUUCCAGGUGCAAUAACCGUUGGCGCUACUGAACUUGUUAAUAAUCACAUUGCAAAUUUUUCUGAUUUUGGUCCUUGCAUUGAUAUAUUUGCUCCUGGAAGAGAUAUAAAAUCGGCUGGAACAAAUUCUUCGGUAGAUACUAGAAUUGAAAGUGGGACAAGUUUUUCUGCUCCACAAGUUGUUGGUGCUGUUGCUUUGCUCCUCGGUGAGAAAUUUUUGUCUACCGAUGAAGUAACUAAUGAGCUUAUUAAAAUUUCCACGAAAAAUGUUAUCAAAGGUAUUGAUAAUUUACCAGGAACUCCUAAUAGAUUUUUACGCGUUCCCAAUUUUUGA